UUGAAUUUGUUUUUGCUUGCAGACAAUGGUCGGUCCAGCUGAUGGAUUGGUGACCACACAGGAAGAAUUUGUUGUGGAAAAGAUAGUGUCGCGCCGCUUUAACCAGAAAAAGAAGCAGUACGAGUAUUUGUUGAAGUGGGAGGGAUAUCCACCCGAGCAAAACACGUGGGAACCUGCGCAGAACAUGUCGACAUGUCAGCACCUGUUGGCCGAAUUUGAGUCGAAUUUGGCGAAACAGGGGGCCGCAAAGGGGCUUCGAUAUCCUCAUUCGAGGGCACCCAGGGCGGCCCCUGUCGGGGCCCUGAAGAAGGGGACACCCGCCGCUGUGAGCAGGAGAUGGACAUCAAACAGGAGGUCGCCAGUCCACGGGAACUCCCAGCGGGUGAGUUGA